AGACCGGUUUUAAAAUACCAUUUGAAAAGAUCCAUGUAUACUUCCUCGUGGCGAGUAGGAGCUCGUUUGUGAAAUAAAAGCUAUAAAAUGCCAAUAAAGGAAUUUAUACUGGGAAUUUUGAUUUCUAGCCUAUUGGCUUUACUCUAUAAUCCAUGUUAUUCCCUGGAAAACUUCGGUCAUUAUGUUACGAUAACACCAGUAUUUCUGCAAACUUCUACAGAAUCUAAAGGGCAUGCUUUACAGGGAGGCUCUAAAGGGGACGUUACACAUUCGGAUAAAGUAAGACCAGAGAAGGAAAAAGAGCCUAAUGGCCCACAAAAUGAAAAGAAAAAUGAACCACAACAUCUGGAAACGCAUAAGACCCUAACCCAUACCGAACCAAUACACGAACAUGGGCAAAAGUCUCACAAGGAACUUGAUGAUCACGAAGACCCUAAUCAUAUGGAUCAUGAUGAAGGGCAACACCUUGAACAUGAGGAGGACAUGGAUGUACAUGUACAUCAUUCUGAUGGAACGUCUGAACAUCAAAUAGAAGAUGAUCACAAAGCUGGCGAUGAAACUCUUGAUAAACAAGACAAAAAGGAGAAACUGGUCAAAGAGCUUGCAGAUAACAGGCCGGGUGAGGUAACAGAACAGACCAAAACUGUUGUUGAACACAAACAAGAUAUUACUGAUAAAAAAAAUGAAGAUGUGACCGGAAUCCUUGAAGAUAAAACCCCUAAAUACGAAGAACAAACAACUGAGGAAAUUAAGCACAGGGACGAAAAAAAGAAAACUGAGGAUGCAACACUGGCACCCACCCACGAAACAGUUCAUGUAAAGAAAGAAAAAACAAAAUCUGAGACUCUUGAACAAGAAAAUCACGCUCUAGAAAAAAUAGAAUCACAUGAUAAUAGCAGAGCAGAUUCUCUGGUGAAGGUUCAUGAACAACACGAAGAGCACGCCAAAGAAAGAACACCCGAGGUAGAAAAGACUCAUAACACCGGUUUACAACCUCACGAACAUAACAGGGAAUUAUCUAUUCGUAAGCUGGAUUCAACAUGUCCAAUUGAUUGUAAUCCAUCCUGCCAAAGCAUGCUUGGUGGUAAAACACAGUGUAUCAAAGAAGGAGAAAAUGACCGUACAUGCGCCCCUCUAAACAAACUUGAUUCAUUUGAUUGUGAUGAUGGAUAUAUACCAUGCUCUAUACCUAUUAUAUCAACGGUUCAGACAUUUACUUUGGAUAAAAAUAACGACGAAACAGGGGAACUUGAUAUUGAAGGAAAAAAUCUUAACAAGUGCAUAGGACUAAUCAUAGCAGAUAGAAAUAGUGUUUGCAGUAAAGUCAGUUUGCCUGCUGAUCUCGAACAUACCUCAAAUGUUUUAAAUCCGAAAUAUGAUAUUUCAAUCUCUGAAAACAAACUGACCUUUUCGAAUUUACACAUUGUGCCAGGUGACUACAAAAUCUGUAUUUAUCAGCAAUACGACACAUCGCUAUCAAAAUUGAGUAUAUGCCGGUAUAUAGUGAUGUUCCUAGAGUGGAUUGGACUCUAUCGUUCCGACAACAAAAUCAAAACGUUAUAUUCUCUGCAGGUAGGGACUUUAACUGUAACCAAUUAA